UCUCAUUGUGCAGACUGAUAGUGCCUUCCAGGUCCAUGAAUAGAAUCAAUUUAAAAAUUCGGUAGCGUGUUUGGUUCGACAGAAAGAAUUGUUAGCACCAAUGAAUCCAAACACGUUACCAAAAGCCAUUUGAUUUGAAGCAAUGUUGUAGUAUUUAUAGACGGCACCUUCUCUGUUCGAAACCUCAAUUGUCACGAAAAUCCAAAACUCAGGUCAACACUGCCGGCAACUUGAUUCCAUUUGCUUUGUUUUCUUCUUCUUCUUCAUCUUGUUUUCAGUUACUUUUCUGUUAUUUCGGUUCUGCAAAUCACAAUGGCACUCCACACACGCAAACUGCACCUCCUUCUAACAUGUCUAUUUCUGUUCUUCUCACCACUAACACCACUCACCACCGUUACAGCCAUGGUUGCCGCUGCUGUUCUUCCCGUCAAGCCUUCAACCCCUCUCGUUUCCUUCCUCGAACGCCUCCAACACACCGCCUUCGAAUCCUUCGCCGGCGGCGGCGACAACGACGGCGAACCUUCCCACUUCGACCCGAAGACUUACGUCGAUUUGCCUCUCAAGUUCAGCCUCGCUGUCACCGAUGACGCGUUCCAGAACCUUCCACGGGCGGCGAAUGGGUCAAUCCCGGCCCGUGAGUUGAAGAGUUUUCUAGAAGGCUAUUUUGAGGAUGCAGGGGAUGAUCUGGUGCACGUUGAUCCAGAGGAUUUUGUUCCUGAGCCUGAGGGUUUCUUGCCGAAGGUGAAGAACCUUGAGGUGAGAGCGUGGGCGAUUCAGGUUCAUUCGUUGUGGAAGAAUCUGACCCGGAAGGUGUCUGGUUCGGUUGUGGCUGAACCGGAGUUGCAUACUCUGCUUCCUCUGCCGGCUUCUGCUGUGGUUCCCGGUUCAAGGUUUCGUGAGGUUUAUUACUGGGAUUCCUAUUGGGUGAUCAGGGGUUUGUUGGUGAGUAAAAUGUACAAGACUGCUACUGAUAUUGUCAUGAAUCUCAUUCACAUGAUAGAGGAAUAUGGGUUCGUGCUUAAUGGUGCUAGAGCUUACUACACUAACAGGAGCCAGCCUCCCCUUUUAAGCGCUAUGAUUUAUGAGAUAUACUGUAGCACUGGCAACAUAGAAUUAGUCAAAAGGUCUCUCCCUGCGCUACUGAAAGAGCAUGAGUUUUGGAAUUCAGAUAUACAUAAAGUGACCAUUUUGGAUGCUCAAGGUUGCACUCACAACCUAAAUCGUUAUAAUGCAAUGUGGAACAAACCCAGGCCAGAAUCAUCCAUACAAGACAAGACAUCUGCUUCCAAGUUCUCAAAAAUUUCAGAAAAACAACAUUUUUACCGUCAACUGGCAUCAGCUGCUGAAUCAGGAUGGGACUUCAGCACAAGAUGGAUGAGAGAUCCUCCUGAUUUCACAACAUUGUCUACAACAUCAGUAAUACCUGUUGAUUUAAAUGCAUUUCUACUUGGGAUGGAGCAUAAUAUUGCUUUCUUUGCAAAAGUUACUGGAGAUAAUAGUACUGCUGAACACUUUCUGCAAAUUUCUGAUCUUAGAAAGAAGUCAAUGAACUCUGUUUUCUGGAACUCAAACAUGACUCAAUGGCUUGAUUACUGGCUCAGUGAUAGCACAUCUGAGGAGAUUCAAGUUUUGAAAACCACGCAGCAGAAUGAAAAUGCAUUUGCUUCCAAUUUUGUUCCUUUGUGGAUGAAGCCAUUUUACUCAGAUUCUUCACUUGUGGGUAGUGUUGUUGAAAGUCUCAAAACUUCUGGCCUGCUUUGUGCUGCUGGAAUUGCAACUUCCUUGAGUGAUUCAGGACAACAGUGGGACUUUCCAAAUGGUUGGGCACCACUUCAACACAUGCUAGUUGAAGGUCUGCUAAAAUCAGGGUUGGAAGAAGCAAGGACAUUGGCAGAGGAAAUUGCCAUCAGAUGGAUCAAAACGAAUUAUAUUGUUUACAAGAAAACAGGUGUAAUGCAUGAAAAGUUUAACGUGGAGCAUUGCGGAGAAUUUGGAGGUGGAGGUGAAUACAUACCCCAGACUGGUUUUGGCUGGUCAAAUGGAGUUGUGUUGGCAUUCUUGGAGGAGUUUGGAUGGCCUGAAGAUCGAAAUAUAGAAUGCUGAUCGAUGUACUCAGAAAUUGAGUGUUUUUGGUGUUGCCGUUAGCUCCAUCUGAAGGUUAAUGGAUUGGCUACAUUCCUUUCACGUUUUGUACAUUGAAAAAGGGAUUUGCCACUUCAAUGGAGGAAAACGGAGCUCAGGCAGAAAUCCCAACAUACUCAAUCAAUUUGCUUUGGUACAGAUUGCUGCAUAUAUCCCUUCCAUCAAAGGCUACUAUAUAAUUUUUUUGACGUAGACUAUACUAUAUUUACACCCAAAAUCAAGACUUUACUAUAUAUAAUGGCAUGAAUUGGACCAUUUUUUUUUCUUGGUCAAACGAAUUGGACCAUUUAAUGUCAGUUGCUUUUAUUUUGGGCCUAUGAUAUUUCUUUUGGUCCUAA